AUGAGGAGAUAUGGAUUGCACAUUCUGGGCAUAAGUGAAAGCCACUGGACAGGAUCCGGCAGACUGAGAACAGCAACUGGAGAAACACUGAUCUAUUCCGGCAGAGAAGACAACCAACAUAGGGAACGUGUAGUUAUCAUCCUAAAAAGGGGACUUGAGAAAUGCCUCAUGGAGUGGAAACCGAUCAACAGCAGAAUGAUGACACUGAGACUGAAGGGAAAGCACACCAACACAAGCAUCAUCCAAUGUUACGUCCCUACUAACGACAGUGAAGAUGAAAGCAAGGACUAUUUUUAUGAACAGCUACAGAGGGAAUUGACAGGUAUACCUCGUCACGACCUUAUCGUUGUAAUGGGCGAUCUGAAUGCUAAAGUAGGAGAGGACAACACCAACUUUGAGAGAAUGAUGGGACAACAUGAUACGGAACUAAAGAACCGAUUUCAAGCUCUCCAAGACCUGGAAGAAACCACCCCCAAUACAGAUGAAGUCAAUACCCAAUGGAAGCAUAUUGUUGAGGCCUUCACAGAAAGCAGUAAGACAUGUCUUGGUGUCAAGGAAAAGAAUGCAAACAAAGAAUGGAUACAGCAAGGAACUUGGAAUACCAUUGAAGAACGGAGAGAAAUCAAGAAAAGACAGCUUGCAGCUAAAUCGAUACGGCUACAAGAGAAGUACGCAGAGGAUUACAAGGAAGCUUGCCAGAAAGUUAAAAGACUGUUCAGGAAGGACAAAAUAGAAGCCAUGGAAAAGUUGGCAACUGAGGCAGAGGAGGCAGCUGCUAAAGGCGAACAAGGCAACGUAUACAAGAUCACAAGAAUAAUAUGUGGCAAGUACCACAGUGGAAUGAGUGGACCAAUCAAAGACAAGGCUGGCAAGCUGCUGACAAUCGAGAAGGAACAGGAAGCACGCUGGACAGAACACUUCAGGGAAGUCCUAAACCAACCUCCACCUGAGGACACCCCAGACAUACAGGAAGCUACCUUGGAUCUUGAUAUCAGCUCUGACCCACCACAGAAACACGAGAUUGUAAAAGCUGUUAAGAGCAUGAAAACAAGAAAAUCUCCAGGAAUGGACAACCUGAAUGCUGAAUUGUUUAAAGUAGACCCAGAACUGACUGCCACCAUUCUUCAACCACUAUUCAAAACCAUAUGGGAGGGAGAGCAGAUUCUCGAGGACAGGAGCACUGGAGUCAUUGUUAAAGUACCAAAGAAAGGAGCUCUUAGAGACUGCAACAACUGGAGAGGUAUCACGUUGCUAUCAGUUUCCAGCAAGAUCCUGGCCAAGAUUAUUAUUAAUCGGAUGUCGGAUGCCGUAGACAGCUGCUUAAGAAAAGAACAGGCAGGAUUCCGCAAAGAAAGAAGAUGCACAGAUCAGAUAUUUGCCCUCCGCGACAUAAUAGAACAGUGCAUGGAAUGGCAGAGACAACUUUAUGUCAACUUCGUUGAUUUUGAAAAAGCAUUCGACAGUGUGCAUAGAGAAAGUCUUUGGUACAUUCUACGAUCUUAUGGAAUCCCUUGCAAGAUAGUGGAAGUCAUCAAGAGCUUCUGCCAAAACUUCAAGUGCGUUGUUGGAAACAGUACCACUGCUUUUGAGGUAAAGACAGGAGUUAGACAAGGAUGCAACAUGUCAGCAAUUCUGUUCAACUAG